GGACGGUCCCGGCCCCGUAACCGAGAAAAGGUCCUCCGCAGCAGCGGCUCCGCCAUGGCCCGGGGCCCUCAGCCGGGCCUGGUCCGGUUCGGUCCUGUCUCCUCAGCCGGGCCUGGUCCGGUUUGGUCCCCUCAGUCCGGUUCUUUGGAUCCUCUCCCCUCAGCCGGGCCCGGUUCGGUGCCCUCAGCCCAGUUCUGUCCCUUCGGCCCGGUUCUCUCUCCCCCCUUGGCCGGGCCCAGUCCCCUCAAUCCGGUUCUGUCUCCUUGGCCCAGUUCUGUCCUCUCGGCCCGGUUCUGUCACCUCGGCUUGGCCCCCUCGGCCCAGUUCUGUCUCCUCAGCCCCGUUCUGUCUCCACAAUCCGCUCCCUUCAGCCCAGCCCGGCUCCGUCCGUUCGGCCCGUUUCUCUCUCUCUCUCUCUCUCCCUUCAGGCCGGUCCCGGUUCCUUCAGCCCGGUUCUGUCCCUUUGGCCCGGUCCUCUUGGCCCGGUUCCUUCAGCUCAGCACGUCGGGCCGUGCAGCCGCAGGGCCGCCAUCCCGCGCCGCGCAUUCCUGGGAUACCGCCGGGAGCCGCCGGCAGCUGCAGGCCGGAACCCCCCAACCCGACACCGCCAGCCGGGACCCCCGGGAACAACAAACCCCCCCCCCAAAAAAGGGGAACUGCCGGCACCCCCAAACCACGGGGGACCCCGACAUCCAUCCAAACCCCGAAACGGACGUACAGGAGGCGGGCACAAGCGGAGGUGGGUUGGGGACAGGGGUCUGA